AUGGGUCGCUCACCACUGAAAGGGAAGCGAAUUGAUUUUGGGUCGCCCCGGCGCCCCUUGCCUUCGAAACGGACUCUGCCUGAGAGGGAGCCUAAAAGGAAGGCUCCCCGUCCGACUCCACAGAGAUCACCUGUUGGCGCCGCCUCCAUGGCUCUUCAUCCGCCGACUCCUGCUCGUCGUGAAGUCGCUCCGACUUCUCGCCCUUCUCCUCCUCCGGGGACUGCUCGAGUAACUUCCCCAGGCGGGACCGUUGUUGACGUGCCUGCCCCAGAGCAACUGACCUUCCGUAUGACCUUUUCUAUUCCUCUGGAUGACUUGGACGGUCCGGUUACAGGGCUAAUGAACGAGGAAGACUUUGCUCGUUAUCAGGAGAUGUACCCGGACGACGAAGAACUGGUCGUGCCACCACUUAUGCCGGCGUUCUGGGACUCGCUUUGCCCACCCUCUCCUGGACCAUCGGGAGGGUUCUUUGGAAGCGACUCCUUCUCGCCGAGUGAGUGA